AUGAAGAAUUCAAUAUUCUCUCUCCUGCUUCUUCUUCCUCUCUUGGCUUCAUGUGUUGAAAGACAGGUCUAUAUCGUCCACUUCAGAGAGCAUAGCGAAGAAAAAACAUUGCAUGAAAUUGAAGAAACCCAUCACUCUUAUCUUUUUUCUGUGAAAAAGACUGAGGAAGAAGCUAGAGCUUCUCUUCUUUACAGCUACAAGCACAGCAUCAAUGGCUUCGCUGCACUGCUCACCACAGAUGAAGCCUCCAAACUGUCCGAGAUGGAGGAAGUGGUAUCGGUUUAUCAAAGCGACCCGAAGAAGUACUCUUUGCAGACUACAAGGUCAUGGGAGUUUGUAGGGUUACAAGAGGGAAUACAUACCAAGUUGAAGAAAGAAGACUUGUUACUGAGAGCCAGAUAUGGCCAAGAUGUCAUAGUUGGCGUCUUAGAUAGUGGUUUGUGGCCAGAAUCAAAGAGCUUCAGCGAUGAAGGGAUGGGACCAAUUCCAAAAUCAUGGAAAGGAGUUUGCCAAACCGGACAAGCUUUCACCUUAUCGAACUGCAAUAAGAAGGUGAUCGGUGCUCGAUACUACCUGAAAGGCUACGAGGCAAUAUACGGCCCCCUAAACACCACCUUGGACUGCCGAUCACCGCGCGAUUGGGACGGUCACGGAAGUCACACAUCCUCCAUCGUAGGAGGCCAACGCGUCCCUAACGUGUCGUUCAUUGGUGGCUUUGCCCGUGGCACAGCCUCAGGUGGCGCUCCACUUGCCCGUCUCGCCAUGUACAAGGCCUGCUGGGCAAUUCCAUACCAAGGCAAAGAAUUAGGGAACACAUGCUUCGAGGAAGACCUGUUAGCUGCUAUAGAUGAUGCCGUUGCUGAUGGUGUUCAUGUUUUGAGUAUUUCAGUUGUGACUAGUACUCCUUAUCCAUAUGAUCAGGACGGUAUUGCAAAGGCUGCACUUCAGUCCAUCAAGAAGGAGAUUGUUGUGGCUUGUAGUGCCGGGAAUUUGGGUCCGGUACUGGAAACUUUGUCUAAUCCGGCACCUUGGAUGAUCACUGUUGCUGCUAGCAGUGUGGACCGGGCUUUUGUAGCUUCAGUCAUGCUUGGAAAUGGCGAGGAAAUUGAGGGACACACACUAACUACAUACAAGCUGAAGAGAAAAAUGUACCCCCUAGUCUAUGCAGCACAAGUAGUAAACCCUGACGUGCCAAAAAAUGCUGCAGGGCAAUGCCUACCAGGGUCUCUCUCACCAGAGAAAACAAAGGGAAAGAUUGUGAUGUGCUUGAGAGGACAAGGAACAAGAAUUGGAAAAGGAGAAGAGGUGAAAAGGGCUGGAGGUUCUGGCUUUAUCUUAGGAAACAACCCGGCAAAUGGAGCCGAGAUACAGGAUGAUACUCAUGUUCUUCCUGCAACUGAUGUAAAUUCAGACAAUGCAAUCAAAAUCCUUGAAUACAUCAAUUCUGCCAAGAAUCCGAUGGGUUAUAUCACCCCGGCAAGAACAAAAAUACAUUACAAGCCAGCUCCAUUCAUGGCUUCCUUCUCCAGUCGUGGUCCAAGCACUAUUUCACCUGGCAUCCUCAAGCCCGAUAUCACGGCGCCAGGGCUGAAUAUAUUGGCAGCAUGGAGUGAGGCAUCAUCCCCUACAAAGAAGGCAAGUGAUCACAGAGUAGUGCAGUAUAACCUUGACUCAGGGACUUCUAUGUCAUGCCCUCAUGUGGCUGCUGCAGCUGCACUUAUCAAGUCUAUACAUCCCCACUGGAGCAGUGCUGCUAUAAGAUCUGCUCUUAUGACCUCAGCUACAAUGACCAACAACAAGGGUAGGCUAAUAACCGAUGCAUUGGGGAAUCCGGCAGAUCCCUUCCAAUUCGGCUCGGGUCAUUUCCGGCCAACAAUGGCAGCUGAUCCUGGACUAGUCUACGACGCCUCGUAUACUGACUACCUUCUCUUCCUUUGUGGUAGCAGACUCGAUACCAUGGACCCUUCCUUUAAGUGUCCUAAAAAUCCACCUUCACCUAACAAUCUCAACUAUCCAUCCCUUUCCAUUCCCAAGCUCAAUGGCAUUGUGACGGUGGAGAGAACGGUCACAAAUGUCGGUGGGCCUAAGAGCGUGUACUUUGCUAGCGUUAAACCGCCAUUGGGAUUCUCUGUCAAGGUCUCUCCACCUAUACUAGUCUUUAACAAAGUUGGAGAGAAGAAGAAAUUCACCAUUACUGUGGAAGCAACUAGUGAAUCGGCUAGCACGAUUGGCAAAGACGAAUAUGCAUUCGGAUGGUACACUUGGACCGAUGGAAUCCAUCAUGUCCGAAGUCCCAUGGCAGUAUCGUUGGCGUAG